CUUUAUUAGCAGAACAAUAUGAACAUUUCACCACCGAGGACUUUGGCGUAGGCAAAAACGGGUGCAUGUUAACUAGGCUAAUAACGACAUUAGCGAUCCUACUGUCUCUAGUACAUACUACUCUGUUUAACUUUAUUAGCACUCAAAUUUAAAACAUUUUGACAACGAGGACUUUGGCGUGGGCAUAAACUGGGGCACAACGUAUGUAGAUCCUCUCUGUCUUAUACAGAAGCGCAGCAGUUCUUUUAGAUAUGGCUUCUACCACAGCAUUGGUUUACGAUGAAGAAAUGAUGAACUACAGGCUGCUCUGGGAUGACCCAGAAUGCGCGAUUGAGGUGCCUGAGAGAUUAUCUUCAUCUUACGAGCGUCUGCAGCAUUACGACCUUGUGCAGAGAUGUGUCGGGCUACCUGUCAGGGAGGCUACGGAGGAAGAGAUCACCUUGGUUCACAGCACCGACUAUCUGGAAAUUGUUAAGAGCACCCAGACAAUGAAUGAAGAGGAGCUUAAAAAAACAUCACAGAACUAUGUUGCUGCGUAUUUCCACCAGAACUCCUACCGAUGUGCCAAGCUGGCCCUGGGUGGCACCUUGCAGCUGGUAGAUGCAGUAUUGUCUGGGCAGGUUCUCAAUGGAAUGGCUCUUGUAAGGCCUCCAGGUCAUCACAGUCAGCGCAGUCAAAGCAAUGGAUUCUGUAUUUUCAACAAUGUUGCAAUAGCAGCAAAGUAUGCGCAGAAGAAGUACAAGCUUGAGAGGAUUUUGAUUGUCGAUUGGGACAUACACCAUGGACAAGGAAUCCAGUACGUCUUUGAGGAUGACCCCAGCGUUUUGUACUUCUCGUGGCAUCGUUACGAGCACGGGUCAUUCUGGCCAAAUCUUGGCGAAUCAGACUUUGGCUUUGUUGGCAAAGAUAAAGGAACUGGCUUCAACAUAAACCUACCAUGGAACAAGACUGGAAUGGGAAAUGCAGAUUAUAUCGCAGCCUUCCUGCAUGUUCUCCUCCCGAUAGCAUAUGAGUUUGAUCCAGAGCUGGUUCUGGUGUCGUCGGGCUAUGACUCGGGAAUUGGCGACCCAGAGGGCUGUAUGCGUGCCACCCCCGAGUGUUUCAGUCAUCUCACUCAUAUGCUCAUGAACCUAACUGGAGGAAAACUGUGUGUUGUCCUGGAGGGCGGCUACCAUCUAAGGUCACUGGCUGAGUCUGUGUGCAUGACCGUAAGGACAUUACUUGGAGAUGCCGUGUCAAGGCUGUCCGGGGAGAUGGCGCCGUGCCAUAGUGCUUUAGAAUCCAUUCAGAAUGUAAGGGCAGCACACGCUCCAUACUGGCAUUGCUUUUCUCCUGAUGACGCGCAUCUAGUGCAUAAAUCCAACACUGCAGGCAGUCCCCCUGAACCACCACAGGAAGGCAGAGAUGCGUCUGUGUUUGAGGUUUUCCUGGAGACUCACAUGAAAGAAGUUUUGAAUUCCACUCCUGCCAUUAGAACCUCUGCUGUGAUCCCUGAGGGCCACACGGUUACCCUACCUGCUGGUGUGCAAGUGGAGGACCAGACGGCUUCAAAGGAACAAACUGAUGUCAUCAUCGGUGAUUUCUCUGAACUUCUGAAAACAGAAAAUGUAUUAACAUCUCUGGGCAAAAUGUUGACAGUCAUCAACAAACUUGUUAACAAGCAGAUAAGGAAUGCCAUUGCUUUAUCGCCGAAUACUUCACUUUCAGCUGCUGUGGUGCUACAACAUGCUUUACAUGUGGGUUUACAAAGGGUGUUCUACAUUCAUAUUGGUGACCUUGAUUCGAAACCGCUCUUGAAAGAUGAUGGGAAAACAUUUUUCUUAAGAAUUCUUGGAGAUGAACCGGCUGAAGUAAUCAACUCAAAAUAUCAACAUUCUCUGAAGUGGGGAGAAAAUUCCUGUGAAGGUAGCAGCUUUAUUUAUGUGCUAUUGCGGUUAAUACUUCCAAUAGCUUACAGCUUCCAGCCUGAUUUGAUUCUGGUGGCAGCAGGGAGUAACAGAAGUAUUGGUAUUCAGGACAUUUCACUGCUAACAAGCAUGCUGCAAGGGUUGGCAGAAGGACGAAUGCUUGCUGUUAUACCGGAAUCUGAAUCGGAUCUUGCAGUGACUGUGUCCAGCAGUUUGAUGGGCUUUUCUAGAGCAAGGGAGCUUGGACCUCACAAAUGUCCUAGCGUAGACUGUAUGAAAACCUUGAAAGUACAACUUGACAUCCUGCAGAAAGAAUGGAAAAUGCUUCAGUGUAGCUUUGGCUAGACGAUUUUGGAAAUAGAAACUUAGUUGUCAAGUUCCCUUGGAGAUUCUUUCCAGUCAACGCGUGGUUUUAAGCAUCACAGCACGGAUAACCAAAGUGUUUUGUGUUUAAGUCAGUAUUCCUGCCAUGGUUCCAACAACAAUCAAGUGUUAUGAUAUACUGGGUGUUUCAACCACAGACAAAUAAAAGCAUCCUUGCUCCGGGUUAUUUUGUGUUAUUUUAAAUGUACGCUCCGGCCAUCAUCUACGCUUUAAUGACUAUAAUAUCUUUUUGCAUUC